AUGCUGAAUGAAAAUGACGCGUUCGGAAGCCGCUUUAAAGAAAAGGGCGGCGUGUUCAUAGAAAGUGAUGAUGAUAAUUUUGAACAAAUCGAUAGCUAUCAAAGUAGUAUAAAUUACAACAACGGAAAGGAACACUUUGUAGAAAUAAAUUCUUUUCAAAAUAAUGCUUAUUGUCUUAAUUCAAGAGAAAAAAAAAAUUUAAAAGAUGAUGACUUGUUCAGAACUUUAAAUGACACUUUUUGCACAACUAAUUUUAAAAUGGAUCAAGAAAAUUUAAAGGAAAAAAAUGGAAAAAAAUAUUUGAUGCCAUAUAAUAACAGUAAUAAAAUUACCAAUUCGGAGAAGGUUUUACAUAAUUACAAUAAAGCAAAAGAAGAUCUCGAUGAAAUGAAUAAUAAUAUAAUCUCAUUUAACUAUGAAAAGGAAGCAACGUCCACUGAUAUGGUAUACGAUGCAUUUUUAAAUGAUGAUAAUUAUUGUAAAUCUCGGAGCACUUCUGUUAAUUUUACAGAUAGUUCAGAAUACUGCAAUAUGUUCCCAACAAGAGGGGUCAAAGACCCCAAAAGUUACCCAGUAAGGAGCAGUAACAAGGAAAAUUGGAAAGGAAUCAAUAAUGAUGAUAAUAAUUAUGAUAAUGAUAAUGAUAAUAAUAAUAAUGAUAAUAAUGAUGAUAAUAAUGAUGAUAAUAAUGAUGAUAAUGAUAAUAAUAAUAAUAAUAAUAAUGAUGAUAAUAAUUAUGAUAAUGAUAAUAAUAAUAAUAAUGAUGAUAAUAAUUAUGAUAAUGACAAUGAUAAUAAUAAUAAUGAUAAUAAUGAUGAUAAUAAUAAUGAUAUUAGUGAUAAUCAUACUGAUAAGCAUUACAUGAACGAUAGUGACGACUGUGCGAAUAACAGCAUCAUGAACAUGAACAGUUACAAGGACAGCAAUAAUUAUACACAUAGUAAUAAUUGUAAUGACAGAAACAACACUAACAAUUGUGAGCAUGGCAAUUUGGAUGAGUAUGACUAUAGCAAUAGCAGUAAUGAUACUACUACUAAUAAUACUACUACUACUAAUAAUACUACUAUUAAUAAUACUACUAUUACUAAUAAUAAUAGUAAUAGUAAUAAUACUACUACUAAUAAUAAUAGUAAUAGCAGUAAUAAUAAUAGUAAUAAUAAUACUACUACUAAUAAUACUACUAUUAAUAAUAGUAAUAGUAAUAGUAAUAAUAGUAAUAAUAAUGACAACUGCGAUGAAAGUGGGGAUCGUAAUUGUGAUAACAUAAGGGACGAUAACAGAAGUAGUAGUAACAGAAGUAGUGGUAACAGAAGUAGUGGUAACAGAAGUAGUGGUAACAGAAGUAGUGGUAACAGAAGUAGUAGUAACAGAAGUAGUGGUAACAGAAGUAGUGGUAACAGAAGUAGUGGUAACAGAAGUAGUGGUAACAGAAGUAGUAGUAAUAUAAGCAACUAUAACUUAUGCGACGGUAACAUGAGUUAUGGUAUUAAUAUUGAAAAAGUGUAUGAGAAUGAGGAAAACAAUUUUAUUAAUGUAGGUGAUGAAGAGGAGUAUAAAAGGAAAGAGGAAGAUACGAAUGAGGAUGAAAAUAAUAACGAUGAAAUUAGCGACAGAGAAAAUAGUACUGAUAGAAAUAACACUGAUCUAUGUAACCCUGAUCUAAAUAACUCUGAUGAAGUUAAGAAGGAUCACUUAAACACGCACAUCGUUAGUGGGGAUGAUAAGGACAGCCGUGUCAAUACUCCCAACCGAAAGGAUAAUUCGGAAAUAAAUAACAAAUGUUCUAACUUGGAUGCUAAUGACAAAGAUCGCCUUAUAAACAAGAGAAGUUGCAUAGAUGAUAACGAGCAAGUAGACAACUGUUAUAAUAACAAGGACGAAACCGAUGGAUCUAUUCCAAUUAAUAACAACAAUGAAAAUGUACAUUUAAAUAAUAAAUGCACACAUUUACUUGAAGAAAUAAAUGAGUUGAAAAAAUCGAUGGAAAAUAUGAAAAAGGAAAAAAUUUGUCUUCUAUCGAAAUUUAAGGCAUACACCUUAAAUAAUAAAAAAGAAUUUGAAGAAUUAAAAAUGAAAUGUAAAUAUAAUGAAGAAGAAAUAGCAAAAUAUUCAAGUGAAAUUAAAAGAAAGGAAGAAGAAAUAGAAAAAUGGAGCUCUAAAUAUACAGAAGAAAUGAUUACAUAUAAAAAGGCUUUAGAACAGCAAAAUAAUCUUCAUAAUGAGUUAUGUAAAAAAUAUGACUUUGAACAGGACACAAAUUAUAAAUUACAAAAGGAAAUUAGUUCGCAUAUUGAUGAGAUAAACAAACUGGACGAAGAAAAUAAAAUUUUGAAAAUACAGUUAGAAGAAAAAGAAGCGAUAAUUUACGCAUUAGAACAGGAGAACGAUGAUAAAAUGAACAAGCAUAAGCAGAAGCAGGAUGUGCUGGAUUGUAAUUUAACGGAUAACGACGUUUUGUUCUGCUUUGCUACGGACAAUAGUCGCCUUAUAUGCUUCAAACAAAAUAAGGAAUAUUUUAUCAUUCCACAAAACAUUUUUGAAGAGAGGCAUGGAAAUAUUAAAAUUCCUGCAUGUGUUCAGGACAUUUUUCAAAACGAAUUAAAUGAAUGUAAAAAAAUGGAAGCAUUAAAUUUUAAUAAAAUACAAGAAGAGAAAUUAGAAAUUGAAAAAGAAUAUAACGAGUAUAAAAUCAAAGUGAGUACUUUAAUUAAUGAAACGAAUGAAAAUUAUAAAAGUUUGGAGGAAAAGGAUUCCCUUAUUCAAGAUUUAAACAAUACCAUAUUAAAAUAUGAACAAGACAAGGAGACUUAUAAAAAGGAAAUUACGAAUCUCAUUGAGAAAUGUAAACUCCUUGAGUUAGAAAUAUGUAAAGAAAAAAAUUUGAGAGAACAGCAAAAUGUAGCUAUAGUAGAUUUAAAAAAACAAAUAAAAAAGGAAAAAAUGGAAUUAGAAAAAAAGUUUAAAGAACAGUUCGAUAUGGAAACGCAAAAGAAGAUUAGUCAAAUUAAAGAAAUAUAUGAAAAUAAAGAAAAGUUAUUGCAAGAUAAGAUUGAAGCUUUGUUAUACAAAAUUGAAAAGUUGACUUUUUCGAAUGAAGGAAAAAGAAAAACAUCGGAAAAUUUUAGCCAAUUUAAUGAAAAUGAAAAUUUGGACAGUUGUGAAAAAGGAAAGAAUGAAAUGGAUCAGGCAGAUGAGUGGACGGGUAAGGACAAUGAUGAGGAAAAUCGUAGUGUGCAAAAUCUCGGUGUGCAAAAUCAUACGGUUGAUAGUUUUAAUUCUCCAAAGCGCUUACCCUCAGCAGACUCAACUUUGCUGGAAAAAAAUAGAGAAAGCGAUGACACAAAGAUACCAAUUUAUCCAAAUGAGUAUAAAAAAUUAAAAAAAAAAUUAGAAACCUACGAAUUUAUAAUAAAUGAAGAAAAGAGAGAUAAAAAAAACUUACAAGAACAAAUUAAUUCUUUAAAAAGUCAAAUAAAAAAUUAUGAAUCGAUCAGCGGAAAUUAUGAACAUGUCACGUAUCAGAAAAAUAUUCUUUUAAAUUUCAUUUCACAAAUCCCCGCCGGGGUUAAAAUUGACGACUAUGUCUCAGUCAUUUAUAACUCGUUUAAUUUUUCAAAUAAAGAAAUUGAAUUAAUUAACUCAAAAAGAUCAAAAAAGUGA